CAUCAAUAUGAACUCAGCUGUCAAUCAGCACGUUUUAAAUAUAUUUGUCUCGGGGUUAUCAAAAAGAACGGCCUUCUCUGAACAGCAACAGACUAACAGGUGUUUGCUGGCAUAUAUUACAGAACGUGCACUUUUAUUCCAACACCCUCGACCUUAACAUUCGUUAAUCGAACAGUUGAUGAAUAUUUGGCAUUUUGGGUGUUAUACUCAUCUGACAGGCAAAAAGUGAGAAGAAAUAUAAACGUAUAACGGAGCGCCCGCACGCCGAUCGCUUUCAGAGUUUCACCGCAACGUAGCUGCUUUCGAGGAGUACUGUUGUCGUACUUGAUCCAAAAACGUAAACCAGGGUGACAAACAGACAUGGGUGACAGUCAGCUGACAAGGGUCAAGCUGACCAGUGUCCUGCUGGUCUUGCAGGCUCUCUUCAUUGUGUUGUUUGGAAUAUUUGUGGACUACGGCGAUGAUGCGAACGCAGUGAUGUCAACCGGGAAUGAGACCACGCCGAAUUCUGUUAAGAGCUACUAUCCAAUGUUCCAGGAUGUCCAUGUUAUGAUCUUUGUCGGGUUCGGUUUUCUUAUGACGUUUCUGAAGCGUUACGGUUUCGGUAGUAUGGGGUUUAACUUUCUCCUCUCCGCCCUUGUGGUACAGUGGCAGAUCCUCAUGGCGGGUUUCUUGCACAUGGAGCAUGGAAAAAUCAAGAUAGAUGUAACAAGUAUGAUAGCUGCAGACUUUGGAGCCGGCGCAGUACUUAUUUCUUUUGGGGCAGUGUUGGGAAAAACAAGCCCUCUCCAGCUCGUCAUCAUGGCUUUCUUUGAGAUCAUCUUCUACUGCGUCAAUGAAAUGAUCGGACUCACAUACUUCAAGGCGGUGGAUAUUGGAGGAUCCAUGUUCAUCCAUGCAUUCGGGGCGUACUUUGGUUUGGCUGUGGCAAGGGUCUUAUGGCGGGAAGACAUAGAGGAGAGCGAUAAGGAGGGAUCCGUCUACCACUCUGAUCUGUUCUCCAUGAUAGGAACCAUAUUCCUGUGGAUGUACUGGCCCAGUUUCAACGGCGCUCUGGCUCCAGGGGACGACCAGCACCGCGCUGUGAUAAACACAUACCUCUCCCUGGCGGCCUGCUGUGUUGUCACUUUCGCCAUAUCCUCGGCGUUAGACGCUAAGGGGCGGAUUAACAUGGUGCACGUUCAGAACGCGACUCUGGCAGGAGGUGUUGCCAUAGGAACAAGUGCUGACCUUAUGAUUCGACCUUGGGGGGCAAUGCUGGUGGGGACCUCUGCCGCCCUGAUCUCAACUCUCGGCUUUACGUACCUCACGCCGCUGUUGAGCACCAAGGCUAAGGUUCACGAUACAUGUGGUGUGAACAACCUCCAUGGGAUGCCGGGAAUAUUGGCGGCCAUUGCUGGGGCUAUUCUAGCCGCCAUUGCCAGCACCGAUAUCUACGGGCUCAGUCUGUACCAGGUUUUCCCAGCCCGUUCCCCUGUAGAAAACUCCACCAUGUUACAGGAGCUACAGGCGAGAUUCAGCGAGAUCGAAGCUGGUCUCGGUCGCACGGCAGGCGAGCAGGCCGGCUACCAGAUGGCGACACUGGGCGUGACUUUGGGCAUUGCUUUACUGGGAGGGACAAUUACUGGUUUUCUCCUACUGAUCCCCUGUUUGGACCGCCCUGAGGGCGACCAACUGUUUGAUGACGAGAAGUUCUGGGAAGUGCCAGAGGAGGGUUUCCAGAAAUUGCCACUGUUUGACCCCAAUUCCUCACACGGCGUCAACAGAGAGGAGCCAGCCAUCAAGAACGGGGCAACAGAGGAUACAAAGUUUUAGCUGAAAAGUUGUACAUAAUACUAAAAAACAUCCGCUAACAUGCAUGUGUCAGUCUUGAGGCAGGAGGAAGGAUGUUUCCAAUCUUUGACCCCAAUACCUCAAAGGGCGUCACCAAGAAAGACUCGAUCACCAAGAACGAUUCAACUGAAUACAUGGUUUUAGCUCGAAAGAUAAUCCAUGAAUAUGGCGUUAAAAUAUACACGAGGACAAGUUACUUAUCGCGAUCGUGUUAUUAAUAAUAAAUAAUCCACGAAAACCAAAGUAGUGAGUUUGCGUAGAACGUGUUACAUCUCAGAGAUGCAGUGCAUGGGGGAUUAAAAAGGCACAGAACAGCUGAAUUUUGUUCAACCCAAUAACCGUGAAUGCCCCUAAGAGCUUUUCAUUAGAAUACAAGCAGCUUAUGUAUGCUUUCUAUUAUCAUUAAACAUUUAUUUAUGUAUAUACAUGAUAUUGGUGUGAGGAAAUGUUUUUAAAAACAAUGAAAUUGUAUAUUACAGACAUAUACAAUUAAAUGUCUGAAAACGCUUAAUUGUAUCGAAUUUUUUUUUUUUGUACAGGAAUUUGAUAGACUCAGAAUCUACAAUAAUACAAUGUAGAAAUACUAUGUUAACGGUUAUGUUUUUUGCAUAUAAUGUAUAUAACCACGUGCACAAUAAAUCAUAAAUAUAUAAAUAAACCAGUAUGAAUCCAAUAAACAUGAAUGUAUUAUUU